AACCGGUUAUAAGAAGAGAUAUGCGUCAUCACCUUCAGUCUAAAUGGAUAGAUCUUAAAUAUGCUAUUGAUUUUCAAAACAAUGAAUCACAGGACAUUUUAAGAACUAUCUCAUAUAUUUCUCGAAAAGAGAAAGCCCAUUUAAUAAUAUCUGCCCAGAGUGGUUAUACAAGCAACAGAUGCCAACAUUUUGGUGCAUACACACAAAAUAACCUCCACCCAUUUACUAGUUCAAAUACUGCAAGCUCUCAUAAUACCACACAUCAAGAAUGCGUUAACACUUUACUUCGCAAUCUUGGCCCAUUAUCAACCUCUGUCAAUGAAUUUGUACGAAAAUUCUAUAGAAAUUUAAAUGAAAAACUAGAGAAGUUGGUGUGGGGUCCCUUUGCACCUCGAUCUUUUAGAAUCUUCCUGAUGAUCGCUAUUAAUUACAAUACAACUAGCGAUUACCAUUGGGAUGAACAUGACGAACCAAAUAGUUUAUGCUAUUUGGUCACCCUUAGAGAAUUUGAGGGAGGAGAAUUAUGUUUCCCUCAACUCCAGAUCGUCGUACCGCUUCAGCCUGGACAAGAUGGGAUUGAGAAAAAUGCUGAUGGGCAUGAUGUUCUUUUUAUUAAAUAUCAAAAUCUCAAUAAUGCUCAAGGUUUGAAUUCCCAAACUAUGUUUUUUAAACCGAAAAAAAGACAAAUAACAAUUCCUCCCUCAUCGACGGAUUGUAGAAGGGGUCAUAUUUCUUUGGUAUACGCUAGACAUGGGUUGAGGGCAGAAGAUCUGUUUCUAGAUUUAUAG